UUCGUUCGCAUUCGUUUCAAAAUAAACUGAGAAACGGCAACACUGUUCCCCAGCUGUUCCAAUUAGCAAUUUCCAAAUAUUAUUCAUCUCUUUUACGCACACACUUCGGAUAGCGGCAAUAAUAGGAAUGGUAUUGUUUUAUAUUUGCAGAGAAAAUUAUGAAUGCGGGAGUUUUUCUUUUCGUGGAUGAGUGGAUAAGUUCUUGUGGCAGGCGGCCCCAGUGCAAUACCUGGCGAAUUGAAAGUAUUGUAUGUAAUAAAAUAGCAUGAAAGAGUAGUUGAAGCGAUAAAAAGGUGUGGAGCAGAAUUGAAUGAGCGCCGAAAAGAACAGAGCAAAAAUUCCUACAUUGGCAAAGACUUUUGCAUUUUGCUUUCAAAACACUUGCGCUGGAAGAACAAUAAAAAUUGCACAAAGUGCAUUCGGUAACUUGCGUAGCAGAAGGAAGUUUAAUCGUUAAAUUGUAUGCGAACAAGUCUUUAUAAAAAUACAAAUGAAAUCAAACGAUUGCCGAUUGUAAGAAGAUGAAAUCUUCAAUGGUCAAGAGGUACGAGAACUCAAUCUAGUGUACGUAUGCGGAGAAAGUGGCGGUGGAGCGGGUGUACGUACCAUUGUUUUUGUGUAGUGUUAGUGUCAAAGUGUUUAUUUUUGGAUAAAAUAUAAAUAUAAAAAAGAAACGAAAAUGCCAAAUACCGAAAGCAUUAACUUAGCCUUGUCUGAAAUUUAGCUAGUAAAGGAGAAACAUAAGGCAACGAACUUAUGAAGUGAACUGAACCAACAAAUAUAACAAUCGAAUAUUAUUGAGUUUCAUGAUAUAUGUAUAAAUUGGCAUUUUUCUGAAAGAAAAGACUCUCCCAAGUGUAAAAGGAAGUAGUGUAUCUGCAAUGGCAACGGAGAAGUUACGCAUAACAUUAAACAACCCGGAAAAAGUAUAUUCUGCGGGUGAAACAAUAAAAGGCGAAAUAUGUUUGAAUCUAACCAAGCGCACAAAAAUACGUGCUAUAAAAGUGCAAAUUACUGGCAAAGGCAAAUGCAAAUGGAUAGAAAUAUUACGUAAAAAUUCCAACAAUGAAUCAGCGCGAAGUCUCUUUUACUCCAGCAAAGAAAUUUACGCACACAAUGAACACACACUGCCCGUCUUUGAGCCGCGCGGCAUUGAGUUGAAUCCCGGUGAACACAAUUUCGAAUUUACUGUACCACUCGAAUACAAUCUACCAUCUAGUUUUAAAGGUAGUUAUGGUUCCAUAAAGUAUAAAUUGCGUAUAGUCAUCCAAAGGCCAUGGACAUUCGACGAACGUCACAUUAUACCGCUAACUGUGCUGAAACAUAUGCCGCUCUCACCGUGUUAUCGUUCGAAUCCCACCUCGUUGGAAAAACAAAUUACCAAAACGAUUAGUCUAUUUGGUACACGUCCCAUAACAAUGCUGGCAUUGUUACCGGAAGAUUCAGCGGUACGUGGUGAACCUUUGCGUAUUUGCGUCACUGUCACCAAUAACAGUACGACAAAUGUGGAGAAACUACGAUUCAGUGUGCUGCAGUAUAUCUGGUAUUAUAGUCAUGUACCGUUACGUGUGCAAAAAAUGGAAUGCGUACCACUAGUCAAUAAAGAGACUGGUGCAGUGCAUAAGAAGAGUGAACGUUCCUUUGCACAUGAGCUAAUGAUACCGCCUACGACGCAACCGUCCGAUGAUGAGCUAAGCGGUGUUAUAAAUAUAUCGUAUGAGUUGCGUGUGGAAGCGGUGCUGCGUGGCUUUUUUAAGAAUCUCAUACUUAAUUUACCCUUUAAGAUGUAUUCCAGUGGCGCUUCCGCUGUACUUAAUAAUUUAUCUGGUGGUCCACCAAGACCGCCACCUCGAUAUGGCAAUCGUAAUAGCGUUAACAUUGGCAUGGUGGCGAAUGUCACAAUGAACGGUGCAGGCAAUCCUUUUGAGAAUAGCGCUACGCCAUUGAGUAUUGCCACUUAUCCUUCACUUGAUUCAUCAAUCGGCUCGCCAUCGCACUCCUCACAAUAUAGCGAAUACAGUUCAUUACGCUCAGUUAAUUCCGAUUCUUCUGCGGCAAGUCCCGCCUUAGCGGGAGAUAUUUCAUAUGUCUCUGGCAUAUCAUCCAACUCCUCUACGACGACAUUAAGUCCGGCAUUGGCUGGUGAUCUUUCAUAUGAAUCUUGCGCAUCGCCACAAUUUAAUAGUCCUUCGGCGCGUGCUAGUCUGCGCAGUUCAACUGUGCCCUAUGUUAUGUAUCCCCCGAGUAGUAGUCCACUCAUGAUCAACUCAUAUCCACCAGCACAAGUGCCAACAUAUCCGUCACUAUCGGAAUCACCUGGAUAUUCGCUCAUGCGUUUACCCGAAGACGUAUUACCUCCACCACCCAUUACACCGCCCUCAGGGUCGACAGCGGGCACAUUGGCGCGCCAGGAAUCUUCUACAUCAGCCACAACGGCAGCAGCGCGUUCGUCAUUCUUGCAUGGAAUGCAGCCGCCAGGAGCGCAUGAACUGCCGCCAUCUUACGAAGAACUCUUCGGCUCCGCCACUGCACCACCUCAAACACCGAAAUGAUACUGCAACUACUUCCAGAUAUAAAAUACUUUAACUAAUAAUUCACUAAACACCACUACGGCGCCAAAAGUUACUAGACCCACCCAGGAAAGAGUAGAGUUUGGACCUGCUGGGCUCUCCUCUUGUUCUAAAUGAAGAAUCAUAAACAUUACACUAAAUAUUUAAAAAGUUAGACUGUUUUAUUCAUUUUGGUCGCAAAAUUUACAGAAACAUACACGAACCUACUCAUAUACAUACGAGUAUAUAUACAUUUAGUGUUAACAUAUUUUCUUUAUAUAAAAUAUAAAUAAAUAAAAUUGAAUUUGUAUGUACGAUUCGAUGCUAGCACUUAAGGCGAAGCCUUUAUAGUUUUAGGGCAUUACCACUGACUAAGCAAUGCUUUUACACACUAUUACAGCACGAUAAAUCUCAUUUUUUAUGGCUUGAAGCUUGAUAUCGUAGUAUUUAGCCAGUAAGUAAGUUAUUCGUAUGGACAAAAAUAUCACGCAUACAUACAUACAUAUAUUAUGCAAUGUUUAAUAUAAUUCUUAAAACCAUAAAAUAUUAAAAUCAAAAAUAAUAAUGAUAAAAACAUGUUAAAUUGAAAUUAGAUUCAAAUUUAAAACGAAAUUGAUACAAAUUAUAUAUGUAUGUAUAUAAAAAAUUGCGCUUGGAUUACAGCAACAUUGACAUAUGAAAAACUAAGCAAUAAAUAAAUUACAUUGAUGAAGAAAAAGAAUUAUCUAUUGUUAAUUAAAAAUAAAUAAUUACUUUACUAAAUAUGUAAAAUAGCACAAAUAUGAAACUGACAUGCACGAAAGCAAAACGAAACAGAAAUUCCUAAGCAAAGUAAACGUAAAAGUUAAGUCAAUAAAUAUUACAUAAACAUUUUUACAAAAAAAACACACACUUUUGUAGAUAUGAAAUACGCUGCUAACAAAUUGCUUCGCUUUGAAAGUCGAAAGCAAUCUUUAUGUGAGGGAAAAUAUUGCUACUCAACGCUUGCAGCUAAAACAAAAAUUUGGCAGUGUAAGAAAGUCAAAAAGCCACUACGAAAAUUAUGUUAACCAGAAAAUUUAUCAUAGUUGCACAGCUACGCUCGAAUGUGUAUUUAAUUAUUAGAAAAUCUUGGCGCUUAAUUUUGGUUAAGAAAACGUUUUUUGUAUAUUGUACAUAUAGCAAUAUACAAAAACAACAAAAGUCGAUGCAAUUUGUUUUUUUACUUUAAGAUUGUUGAAUCUCAAACCUUUACAACAAAUUAUUUUUUUUUACAAUUAAAUUAAAGAAGUUAAAAAUUUUUUGCCAACUAUUCAAUAUGCCUCAUUAUAAACAUUAAAUAUUUUUUUCUAACAUUUUAUUGUUUUAUAUAUUAUUAACUAUUUAUUUUCACACAUUUAAAAAAUUCACUCAAACAAUCUUGCCGAAAUAUAAAUAAAAUAUGUAUGCACUUUUUUCGAAAAUUAGUUUUUGUAUACAUAUACGUAUAUGCAUACGAAUUUUUAUAAUAUAAUAGAAUGCAGUGCUUUAUUUUUAAUCAUCAAUUUGUUAAAUUAAUUAUCAUUAAAUUAUUUUUUAAUUAAGUUGGAACGAAAAUAUUUAAAAAUUUGUUUCUAUUUUGUUUUUGUGAUAACCUCCAGGUGAAUUUGUAAAAUAACAGUAAACAUAUGUAUUUAGACAGAUUUUAUGUUAUACAUAUUUUUUUUUUAAUAAGGCAACUUACUGCAGUCAUAAGAGAACUCAAAAGCAAAAGAUAAAAUUCACUCCAGCCUAAUGUACAUACAUACAUACAUCCACAUGAACAUUCUUGCAAUAUGCAAGUAAAGCGACUUUAUUUACAUUUUUAAGCUAUUUUUUACAAUUUAAAUUGAAUUACAAUAACAACAGCUGUGACCUUAAGUUUAAUUUUCUGCAUGAAAGUUUGCAUCACAUCAUUUUCGGUUCAGUAUGUAGGUAAAAGUCUCAUGCCAUUAAAAUAAGUAUAACAGCACAUUUAAACCGAUACAACAACAAAAACUAAUUGGUUUCAGUAAUAUUAAGAAGUGUGUUCUAUUUUAUAUGAAAUGUAUAACUGUAUAUUUUUUAAUAAUACUACUGUGAACGUUGACCGUUUCGAAAAUAAUCUCUAAUUUUCUAUUAUUUAUGUAUAGAAUACUAAAUAUUUCUCUUGUUUUGGCAUUUUUCGAAUUUAAAUGAAACUUUUUAAUAAGCAAAACUUUUUUGUAAUACAUAUAUACUUAAGCCCAUACGUUUAACAUAUGAAAGUAUACGAAAACACAGACUUAAUCUUAAACCAUAUAACUGCCGUUACUUCCAAACCUAUUUCCAUGCGAUUAUUUAGAUAAACUUUGUUUAUAAUAACAUAUUUCAGUUUUGCCGUUAAGAGCAAGUAAUUUAAGUGAAAAAAUUAUGAAAACUGAUUUAUGGGUUUUUAUUUUAUCAAUGAAAUUGCUGCUGAACCCUGUUGCAAAUACUGGAAUUUGUCUUUUUUGAGUGUAUAAUAUUAAAAAAUAAUAAUAAUUAAAGAAAAAUUAUAAAUUUGAGCAGUUUGAGCGAAAAAUUAAUAAAAUUUAAAAUAUUUUUUUUUUUUUAAAUAAAUAAAUUUUUGAAAAUUGCGGACUGCGUAUUGCAAACACACACACUUUUGUUAAAAGAAUUAAAAUUAAUAUUUUUUACAUAUUUUAAUAUUUUUUAUUGCUUUUGUUUUCUAUAGAAAACCUAUUUCUAAAUAAAAAUUUGAAACAAAAAAAGUUAUAGCUUACUUCUAUACCAAAAUACAAACAUUAAAGAUCUUUGUUAAAAUUUCUAAAAAUAAUUUAUAUCGUUUUUAUAACUAUUUUUCUUGCCGAAUGACCUUUAUAUAAUAUAUAAAAUCGUUUUAAAGAACUGAUUACUUGCUUUAUUGCCAGUGUGAAAAUGGUUAAAAUAAAGCUACCGAAUAAAUAAAUAUAAAGAAAAAAUAAAAAAAUAAAAAUAAAAAAUUAUAUAUAAAAUUGUUGAAAAUACAACAAUAAUUAAGCAUUCAAAUUUAAAUUUUGUACUGUUUAAAAGAUAUAAAUAAUA